AUGAUACAUAUCAUGUUUCGUCUACCAGGAAUCUCGUUGUCGAGCGGCAGACGCCCGCGGCAUGGAGAGCGCCCAUUUCGCGAGGGCGCCUGCGCUGCUGCCUUCAGCCGGGAAAUCGAGCGCCAUGGCUCCUCUCGAGCUAUGAAAACGUUUCGUCAGCCUCAUGCCAGUCCUACCAACGGUAAUGCAGGCUGGAUCCAGGGCUAUGGAUUCUCCGAAUGCCCAGCUCAGCCGGCGACGCCCGAUGCGACACACCAACGAUCACCGCUCGGACACGGAAUCGCGUUCCUGUGCCUUGAAGCGCAUCGGUUGGACGCGCACUUCAUUCGGAGUUCGUGUAUGACGUCUCGUCGGUUGGGAUUUGACGGGUCUGCGCAGACAUGCGUGCACCGGGCUCCUGACUGCACCCUGAAGGGCGCUGAGUAUCAACGGGAACUCGCACACGCGGGGCGCUUCCGCGUUGGCACCAGCAUGGGACGCUUUCGUCAAGCUGCCUACACAUGCGUAUAUGAACGUGUAAAAGCAAAUGGGUCCACUUGCCAUGCUCGGAUGUACGUACUCAGGUUUUGUUGUGUUCCUAUGGUUAUCAACUCCGGCUCUUGCAGACUUCUUCUUCAACUGCUUCCUUUUCCCAUCAGUUCUUUCUGGUUCACUGCACGAAAUUCUCUCCGUGCGCUUCACCUUCGUUGUCAUGGGUCGAAGCGCAUGGAUAGCGUCUAUAAGGUGCAGAUUUUUCCGCUUUCGGCUGUUGUCGCUGAACUUGAUGCACAGCCAAAAGACGCGAUCUACAUUUUGGGCACCGCUGCGAAGGUCGCACCGAAGGUAUAUGCGGAGAUUAUCGAAGCGGUGACACUGAACUGCGGUCAGGCGUCCCCAGGUGUGUCCACCAUGCAUCCUCUUCCGGGGGUUGCUCUGUUUCUCGUGUACGCUCGGUCCAUCGCUCGGGAUAUGCCCUUGGCGGGUACAUGA